AUGGCUGCAAACCCAGAAAGUAGUCCGCUGUUUGAUAAGAACGGCGUCAAUGUUGUGGCGCUGCCAUACGACUCCGAUGUUUCCUCGGUCGAGCCUCAAAUGGGGCUCUUUGGGCGCCUCGUGGAUAGUUUCCGUCGUUUCGAUGAGUCCGAGUUGAACUUGGACCCCAACUUGUCUGAUAUCGAGAAAGCCGCUAUCAUCACCGCCCAGUCGCCUUUGUCUCGUUCGCUUAAGUCUCGUCACUUGCAAAUGAUUGCUAUUGGCGGUGCUAUUGGUACAGGUUUGUUUAUCGGUUCAGGUAAGGUUUUGGCAAACGGUGGCCCAGCCUCGGUCUUGAUUGCCUACGCCUUGAUUGGCGGUAUGAUUUUCUGCAUGGUCCACGCCUUGGGUGAAUUGGCCAUUUGUUUCCCUGUGUCUGGUGCUUUCGUCACCUAUAAUUGGUUGGUCAUUCUACCUCUUGAGUUGGUCGCAGCGGCUAUCACGAUCCAGUUCUGGGAUGAGUCCACGAACCCUGCUGCUUUCUGUGCGGCAUUCUACGUUUUAAUUAUCAUGAUCAACUUGUUUGGUGUCAAGGGCUACGGUGAGGCAGAGUUUGUUUUCUCUUUCCUCAAGAUCUUGGCUGUGAUUGGUUUCAUCAUCCUCGGUAUCGUUUUGGUCUGUGGCGGUGGUCCUAGAGGUGGCUACAUUGGCGGAAAGUACUGGAGCAAUCCUGGCGCUUUCAACAACGGCUUCAAGGGUCUUUGUGCUGUUUUCGUCACUGCUGCUUUUGCGUUUUUGGGCACGGAGUUGGCCGGCUUGGCUGCGGCGGAAACCAAAAACCCAAGAAAGUCUCUUCCCAGAGCCACGAAACAGGUUUUCUGGAGAAUCACCUUAUUCUACAUUGUUUCCCUUGUCGUGGUGGGCUUGUUGGUGCCAUAUAAUAAUGAAGACUUGAAGAAGUCUGACGGCACUGCCAGAUACUCCCCAUUCGUGAUUGCCAUUGAAGCUGCCGGUAUCGGUGGAUUGCCUUCUGUGAUGAAUGUUGUUAUCAUCAUUGCGGUCUUGUCUGUCGGUAACUCAUCUGUCUUCGGUUCUUCUAGAACCUUAUGUGCCUUGGCUGCUGCUGACAUGGCACCAAAGUGCUUCGGCUACAUUGACAAAAAGGGAAGGCCAAUUUUUGGUAUCGGCUUGCUGGCUGUUUUCGGCUUGCUCUGCUUCAUUUCAGCUUCCGACAAACAGGGUGAGGCCUUCGACUGGAUGUUGGCUCUUUCUGCAUUAUCUGCCGUGUUCACUUGGGCCUCUAUCUGUCUCUGUCACAUUCGUUUCAGAUACGCUUUGAAGUGGAGAGGCAGAGGCACGGACGAGUUGGCUUUCACUUCUUUGGCUGGUUUGCCAGGCUCUUGCUUCGGCUUGACUUUGAACAUUUUGGUGCUCAUUGCCCAAUUCUGGAUUGCGCUUUUCCCACUUGGUGAGAAGCCCAAUGUCGAGGCAUUUUUCAAGGCCUACUUGUCGUUCCCUAUCAUUAUCGUGUUCUACAUUUUCCACAAGAUUUGGAAGAGGAACUGGCGGUUGUACAUCCCCAUUGAUGAGGUGGAUAUCGACACAGGCCGUAGAGAGAUGGACUUGGAGGCGUUGAAGCAGGAAGUCGCCGAGGAAAAGGCUUUGCUUGCUUCCAAACCAUUUUACUACAGAUUGUAUAGCAUUUUCUGCUGA